CUACCGGCCAAGUGCCAAGUGCUUGACCUCGGCUCUGAACUUCAAGUUUGUAUAUCAAUCAAUCAUUUGAGAGGCGCUCGGUUGAGUUGCUCACUCCACUCCUUAAGUCUCUUCACCUUUUCACCCCACCAUCGCUUUGCGGGUGCAUUGUAUCCUUGCCCUUUGUCCUACCUUGGUCCUACUCUUUUUUGUUUUUUCGAUUCGGAAUCGGUUUGGCCUCUCAUUUCCGCCUACAAUAAUUCGGCUUUACUUUCACCAUGCCUAUCAAUUAUCUCCACAAGAUGUUGGCUGUACCUCGAGCAACUUCAAACUGCGAGCCUGCUGACCCAUCCAAUACCAUUACGGAUCGCCUAAACAUGCUUCUCAACUCUUCUGGUUCAGGUUAUGUCUUGAGCCUCUGUCCCAGCACCCAAUAUUUCAUACAAGCCCCCAUUGUUUUCGCUGCUGCCAAUCAAGAGAUCAGCACCCUCGGUUAUCCCACGGAUGACACCAGAGCUGUCUUAGUAGUUACCGGCGCUGUCACAAAUGGUACUGGUCAGACGACCGCCGUUGAUGGCACUUGCGCUAAUUGCGACGGUAUCAUAUUACGAAACAUCCAGAUCAACGGCACGCGGGCUGGUGGGCCUCCCAUCAACGGCGGUGCAAAUAUUGAAAUGGGCGGUCCAAAUUCGGGCCAGCUUAUCGAAUAUGUUCAUUCUUAUGACCCCAGGAGCUGGUCAUGUCUCCAUGUCAGUGAGGGAACUUUGAAUUGCAACAAUGCUACCGUCCAGAACAAUGAUAUUGGACCCGCCGGAUCCGAUGCUUUCCAGCAGUGGGCUGACGGCAUUAGUGUGGCAUGUUCAAACAGCCUUAUUCGUAACAACAUGAUCAAUAAUCCGACGGAUGGAGGUAUUGUACUAUUUGGCUCUCCAGGCACUCUCGUUGAGAACAACACGAUCUGGGUCGAGAACAACACACUGCUUGGAGGAAUCAACAUGGUCGACGUAGUGCCCUUUAGUGGUGAUUAUAAGGGGACUGUGGUCACCAACAAUACCAUUAUGGGUGGGUUCGCUACCAGUCCUGACACAGGGUCGGCCACCGAUGGUACAAACAACCAAGAUGUCAUCAUCAAAAUCGGAAUUGCAAUUGGUCCCCGAACUUGGUUCGGGAAUGAGUUUCUCAACAACGUCAGCACUGGCGGGACAGUGUUCAACAACAAGCUCACUGGCGCAUUCAGCUAUGGCAUUGCCAUAUCCUCUGCAACCAAUUUUACAGUAGAAAAUAAUGUCCUCGUUGGAAACACUUCUUUUAUUGGGGCACGGGGUCCCAACUGCACCACUGGUGACCCAACACCUUCUCCUGCAGCCUUUGUUAUCGAUAUCAACAACACCGCGCAGAGCACGACUCAGUCAAACUUCCUGGACAACACCAAUGGAGACGCGUUAACCUGUGUUCUCCCCCCUGCUGGUGGAGACUACUGGCCAUUCGGCGGGAACCCAUCAUCUUCAAGUUCGCCCACUAGCUCUGAACCGUCGACGAGUAGUCACUCUUCAGCUGGUAAAAUAGUCGGUAUCGUAUUAGGUGUCAUCUUUGGUAUCCUCUUUGUGGCCUUCGUUGCAUGGUAUAUCCGUAGAUGGGCCGUCAAGCGUGCGGAUGAUCGCACUCACCUCAAAGCUACGCGGCACACUCAGAAGGGAUAUAUUCGAAGCACGGAACAAUUCUGAACCUUUCGUACAUACCUUGCUGCUUCUAUCCACGCUCUCUUCACCUGUUCUGUUCAUUGUAACGUGGUACUUUUUCACAAACAUUCUUCUGACGAUCGAUAGGUCGCCGGGUAUAUCUGUUCCCUACCUGGAUCAAUCGGGACGCUACUCAACCUUCAUAUUGUAUUGCUUAUAGCGUAUAUCACGUGCAUAUCGCCAGUACCUUCGAGUUCUGGUAGUACAUACCCUACUCCUACAUGCUACCCCUUAGGACUUAAGAGCUUAGAUUUUUACCCAAUUUAUGCUUUGAUGAUGUUGUGCCAA